AUGACUCAGCUCCCGGUCGCUGACUCGGCACUCCGUUACCGGGUGGCUGAGGAGGGCCCCGCAGACGUUAUGAUCGGUAAUGUGGCUGCCGACCUCGGCCUGUCCGCGGGCACCGGCUCCGGAGAUGUCACAUUCGCCCUAGAGAGCGGCUCGGAGUUCUUCAAGAUUGAUAACGUUACCGGGGAGCUGACUACCGGGCAGCGGAGGAUUGACCGGGAGAAGCUGUCCCAGUGUCAGAUGAUCUUUGACGAGAACGAGUGUUUCCUGGACUUCGAAGUGUCUGUGAUUGGUCCGCUCCAGAGCUGGGUGGAUCUCUUUGAGGGCCGUGUGGUCAUCACCGACAUCAACGACAACACGCCCUCGUUUCCGUCCUCGGUGCUGACGUUAUCUGUCGAGGAGAACCGUCCAAUAGGCACGCUGUAUCUGUUACCCACAGCGACGGAUCGCGACUUCGGGCGCAACGGGAUUGAUCGUUAUGAAUUGAUUCAAGAUGGUAGCUCUUCCGGGUCGGCGGGGUCAGGGUCGGGGUCAGCGAGGAGAGCAGCCGGUGGGCCUAUGGGAAGAGCGGAUGGAACAGGAGGAGGAAACGGAGGAGGAGGGGAUAGGAGGAGAGGAGCAUUGGAUAACAACGGAGGAGGAGGAGGUGCAGGAGGAGGUGUGAGGAGCAGUGUGUUUGAGCUCCAGGUCGCCGACACGCCCGACGGCGAGAAGCAACCACAGCUGAUCGUGAAAGGACCUCUGGACCGUGAAGCACGCGACUCGUAUGAGCUGGUUCUACGGGUCCGGGACGGUGGGAACCCUCUUCGCUCCUCCCAGGCACUCCUCCGCGUCGCCAUCACCGAUGUCAACGACAACAGCCCGCGCUUCGAGAGAGCCAUCUACGAGGCCGAGAUGGCGGAGAACGCGCCUCCCGGAACCCCCGUCCUCCAGGUGCGCGCUUCGGACCGCGAUGUCGGCGUCAACGGACAGGUGGAGUACGUCUUCGGUGCUGCCACGGAAUCUGUCCGCCGUCUUCUCCGACUGGACGAGGCUACCGGUUGGCUGAGCGUCCUCCACAGGAUUGACCGGGAGGAAGUGGCCCAGUUACGCUUCACGGUCACGGCAAGGGAUCGCGGUCAGCCGCCGCGCACCGACCGGACAACCGUAGUCCUGGUGGUCCGGGACGAGAACGACAACGUUCCGGUCGUGGAGAUCAGGAAGAUCGGACGGAUUCUGGUGAGGGACGGAGUGGCGCUGGUACCGGAGAACGUUCUGGUGGACACACCGGUGGCACUGGUUCAGGUGUCAGACCGUGACCAGGGGGAGAACGGGGCGGUAACGUGUACGGUGGUCGGGGAUGUACCGUUCACCCUGAAACCGGCGGGAGAGACGGCGCUCCUGCCAAACCGUAAGAAGUAUUUCCUCCACACGUCGGCCUUGUUGGAUUACGAGGCCACUAAAGAGUACAGCGUGACCAUCGUGGCAGUCGACUCUGGUUCCCCCUCUCUCUCCAGCAACAGCUCUCUCAUGGUCAGGGUGGUCGACAUCAACGACCACACUCCUACCUUCGCCCAGGCCGUGGUCGAGGUCCACUUUGCCGAGAACAACCAACCAGGAGAGCGUGUGGUCACCGUGGUUGCGGCGGAUGCCGAUUCCGGUAAAAAUGCAGAGAUUGCGUAUUCAUUGGAUCCGUCCGUUAACGGCCUGUUCUAUAUUGAUGCUGAUAAUGGGGAUAUCCGUGCGACGGGGGUUCUGGACCGGGAGGUCAGGGAGAAGUAUGAGUUCCAGGUGAUCGCCAGGGAUAAGGGAUUCCCCUCGCUGCAGGGGUCGGCCACGGUGGUAAUCAUGGUGACCGACCGCAACGACAAUGCUCCGAAGUUUGUCCAGGAAGUGUUCACGUUCUACGUGAAGGAGAACCUCCUUGCCAACAGCCCAGUCGGCAUGGUAACAGUAACAGACGCGGAUGAGGGUGAGAACGCGGAGCUGAGUCUUUUCGUAGAGAUGGACGAAGAAGAAGGAGAAGAGGAAACGUUCUCCAUAGAGAACAACACCGGGACGAUCUUCUCCUCCGUGUCCUUUGACCGGGAACGCCGCUCCACCUACACCUUCCGCGUCCGGGCCGUCGACGGCGGAGCUCCGCCUCGCUCCGCCACGGCGACAGUCUCCCUCAUCGUAACUGAUGAGAACGACAACGCCCCCUCCGUGACCUCACCCACCAACGAAUCCUACACCCUCCUCCCCCCGGCCUCCUCCACCCGGACCGUCGUCAGAACCGUGGCCGCCUCGGACUCUGACUUUGGCCGCAACGCUGACCUGCGCUUCUCCCUGGUAGGAGGGAACCCGUUCAGGCUGUUUGAGAUCGGCCUGGCCAGUGGAGUGAUCACCGUGGCAGAGCCCCUAGAGAGGAGACACAGGGGGCUGCAUCGCCUGGUGGUCAGGGUCAACGACAGUGGAGAGCCAUCGCUCUGCGCCACCGCGCUGGUCCACGUCUUCGUCAACGAGAGUCUGGUCAACGCUACACUGGUGGACGCACAGGUGGCUCGUAGUCUGGCCGCCCCUCUCUACCUGGACAUCGCGGGCGACCCCGACAGCGAGCGAGCGUUGGGGAAACAGCGUCUCUCGGUAGCCAUCGGUGUCCUGGCGGGCGCCGCCGCAGUCAUCCUGGUCAUCCUCCUAGUGGUGAUGGCCCGCCAGUGCGGCGCCCAGGGCAAGAACGGAUACGAGGCCGGGAAGAAAGAACCAGAGGAGGACUUCUUUAGCCCUCAACCGGCCGUGCCACAAACCAGGGGAGGGACGUUGGACCGCGGACGGAAGCCCCGCAGGGACAAACGGAACGCAGGCGCUGGAGGAGCCGGAGCCGGUAAUAAAACUGAACGGCCACUCUACAGCGGCAUCGUCACGGUCAACGGGCUCCGUCGCCACGGCAACGACCACCACAUCGCCGACAUCGACGAUGACGACGAGGACGUGAGCAGCGCCAGCGAGAGGUUGGCGGCGAGGUACUGCGCGGUGGACGGAGACCCCGGGAGCCCACGCAUGGGCGCCAGGCAUCACCAGUCGAGCCCAGAUCUGGCCAGGCAUUAUAAGUCAAGCUCGCCGCUCCCCGCGGUACACCUCCAGCCCUACAGCCCCCCGGCCGAGGGGAAAAAGCACCAGGCCGUACAGGAGCUGCCCCCCUCUAACACCUUCGUGGGGUCUGGAGGGUCCAGUGGUAGUGGGGGAAGUGGGAACGCUGAUGCCAUGUCUCUGGGGUCAGACCAGUGUUCUGAGUAUGGAUCCCAAACGGGGAAUAAGUACAGCAAACAG